GGAAACUCCGCCCAAGUAUCUUUUCUACAAAGUAAACGCCCUGUCCCACUACAGUUACAAGAAACUAAAGACUUUAUACCACAGUUUAUAGUGCACUGGUUCAGGAUUCAGUACGCAAGCCGUUUAGGCUACGUGGUUGGAAAUAUAAUGCCUUUACAUGUUGUCUUACAAGGUCCCGGGCCGUGGGGAUUUCGCCUGGUCGGGGGGAAAGAUUUCGAACAGCCUCUGACUAUCUCGAGGGUUACUCCAGGAAGUAAAGCAGCCCAGGCUGACCUUUGCAUUGGGGAUAUAAUACUGGCAAUAGAUGGAGAGUCAACAGAUGGCAUGACUCACCUGGAAGCACAGAAUAAAAUCAAAGGCUGCAUGGAGGAAAUGGUGCUUUCAAUUGACAGAUCAGAGUCAAAAAUGUGGUCCCCACUGGUCACUGAGGAAGGAAAGACCAAUCCAUACAAGAUGAAUCUGGCAAAUACAGACUCACAGGAGAUGAAACAUAUUGGCUCUGCUCAUAACAGGAGCGCUAUGCCAUUCAGUUCUGGCAGUCCAAGGGUGGUCACCAACCAGUACAAUAAUCCUGCUGGCCUGUACUCUUCCGAAAACAUUAAGAGUUUCAACAGUGCAGUGGAUGAUGUCAAGACCUGUGCUGCUUCAAAUGAAUCCAGUAGGAAUUCGGAUGCCUCGAGACCUGGCCAGCCAAAGCCUGCCUUAGCGGUAGACUCUGAGGUGUACAAAAUGCUGCAGGAAAAUCAAGAAACCAAUGAGCCUCCUCGCCAGUCUGCUUCUUUCAAAGUUUUGCAAGAGAUCUUAGAAACUGGUGACUCGGAUAAACCCUCUGGCUUCAGGAGUGUAAAGGCCCCUUCCACGAAAGUUGGAGCAUCUGUAGGCAAUGCCGAAAAGCUCUCUGUUUGUGACAAAUGUGGUUCAGGGAUUGUAGGAAUGAUGGUCAAAGUUCGAGAUAAGUUUCGCCACCCAGAGUGCUACAUCUGCACGGACUGCGGGGUUAACCUUAAGCAGAAAGGACACUUUUUUGUUGAGGACAAGAUUUACUGCGAGAAGCAUGCACGCGAACGCGUCACUCCUCCAGAGGGUUACGAUGUCGUCACUGUCUUUCCAAAGUAGAAUGUUCCUUCAGUGCUGCUUUAAAACGGCACAUUCCCUCAUGUAGGGAAUUCCAUAGGAAAUGUGUAACUCUUUCUGUGGAUGGGCUUCCACUGAUGCUGCUUUGUUGCCAAAUUCGUGUGUAUACCAACUCUUACAUGCAUAGUCAUUAGUGCAUGGAUUUCAAAGGACAUGUGUAAUGGUAAUCAGCAAAUGUUUUUACACACCUCCUGAAUAUGUGAGUAUGGAGUCUUUACAGGUGUAGUGCUAUUGUUAUCAUACAUUACAUUUUCUUAGUCAUUCCAUACAUACAGUAAAUCAUAGUAUAUAGGGCUUAUGUUAUUGGUGCUAGAGUAUCUUAGGACCACAUUAUAAGUUUUCAUAAAUUGAUCAUUGAAUGUAUGUAUACGUAAUUAUGGCCAUAUUCCUCAUGCACAUCUAUGUAAAUCUAUUCUAUGUAUGUUUUUUGUUUGUUUUUUCUUUUGAUUCCCCAUAUUUCUUUAUGAAAAUAACUCCUUCCUGGUUAGAGAAAUAAAAUGUUGCAUAUC